CGUUGCGUAGAGAUGAAGCCAGAGCGGUGCGCGCGAGCCGCACCGACACUUCAAACUGUCACUGAGGUAAUGCGCGAGGCACGCAGGAGGCAUUCAGCUUGCUCACUGAGAUACUGUGACUAAAACGGGAGAAACAUGGCGGGAGACGGAUGGCAAACUGUUUUUAGACAUUAUCCUUCUUUUUAGUGCUUGGACAUACCCGACUCAUUUUGGCGUGCCUCUGAUUCCUCAUUAAGCCGACUUUCUCCACUCAGGAAUGUAACAACGGCACAACUACAACAGACUCCAUCAUUUAUCAGGGCAGUUGUUGCGCUUAAAAUCUUUUUGCAAACUUGUGAAAACUGUGAGGGGAAAACUGGCACACCGCCGCGCUCUGCUGUGUGUUCUCUGGAGAUUUAUAUUUAAAGCCUUGCGCUCCGUGGAGGCUUGUGCAUCUGGGUAACCUAGAUUUAAGCAUUCCAAUAUAUUUGUUUUGUAAGCACUUGGUGAGAAUUUAUAACGUUUUUAUUCGUAAUUUGAAUUUUAGAAUAUAUAAAAUGUUAUAAUUGAAUAAUUGUUACUCAAAUAUAUCUCAUUUAUAGAAGCACACUAUUACGCAGCUUUUCCAUAUUGUCAAUUAAUCUAUUUGUGACACCAUUGCUCGUUUUUUUUUUUUUUUUUUGUUUGUUUGUUUUUUAGGUUUUUUUUUUUUUUUUUUGCACUGGGCGUUUUUCCUAUCACGUUAUCUGUCUACUAUAAAACCUUCAGAAGUUGAUAAUAUAGUGACAGAACCAUACAUUAUAAUUUAUCAGAACCGUAAAUUAAAAUUAAAUAGAUGUAAUCUCUCUGACAUUUAAUUUAUUUGAUGGCUGUCCUUUAAAUUAAAUUGCAUGUUUCCAUAACUGUUCCAUAACCCAGAUGACGCUUAUUACAAAUCUGACGCAAAGUAAUAAAGUAUCAACACAUCCGAGGAGAUGUGACAUAACAAUGACUGACAGAAUCGUUUAGCAUUGAGCGAUGUAUUCAUUCGAUUAUACGUAAAAUCUUUUAUUUAAUUUCAACAAAAUAUAUUUUACUAAGUUCUUAGAAAAAAAAUAACAGCUAAGAAGUUAUUCCAUUUAUUCUGCCUUCAUUUGGAUUACUAAUCGAGAAGGUUAAUCCACGUGUGUCCUCAGUUGCCGCGUUGUGGCAGUCAUGGCAAGCGCGUGCUUGGCAGGCACGGGUCUGCAUGGCCACAACAUCAAUGUCACUGGAGGCACGUCUUCACCGAUUUGUAACCAGAGUAUGUUAAAACCCCCUCCGUACACUCCAGAAGCCACAGCAGUCUUUGCAACAGCCAUCACAUUGAUGAUUCUUUUUACAAUUGUUGGCAAUAUUCUGGUCAUCAUCGCUGUUUUAACCAGCCGCUCGCUCAGGGGACCCCAGAAUCUCUUCUUGGUCUCCCUUGCGGCUGCAGACAUUUUGGUGGCCACCCUAAUCAUCCCAUUUUCACUGGCCAAUGAACUGAUGGGCUACUGGUAUUUCCGCUCCGUAUGGUGUGAGAUUUACCUGGCGCUGGAUGUGUUGUUCUGCACUUCCUCUAUAGUACACCUGUGUGCCAUCAGUCUAGACCGCUACAUGUCUAUCUCACGUGCUGUCACUUAUGGCCCAAAGAGGACACCCAAACGCAUCAAAUGUGCCAUUUUGGUGGUGUGGCUGAUCUCAGCAGUCAUCUCCUUCCCACCACUACUCUCCAUGAACAAGAACAAAGGUGUUUCAGGUGGGCUGCCACAGUGUGAGCUCAACAAUGAGCGCUGGUACAUCCUGUACUCUACUAUCGGUUCCUUCUUUGCUCCUUGUCUGAUUAUGAUCUUAGUCUACAUGCGGAUCUACCAGAUAGCCAAGCAGCGCACACGAUGUCCACCAGGGGAGCCCCGCAAAGAGGUCCCAGCCAAUGCCGCAACUCCUCAGCACAAUGUCCACACGGAGGGUCUACAAAAUGGAAGAGAAGAUGAAACGCCCUCUUCCUUGCAGAAAAAAAACAGGCCUCCGACUCUGGCUGUGUCCCAAGUGGAGUCCACCCAGCAGGCGGCGAGCCCCCCAAUCUCCAACAAACAUCUGCAACCCCCUUUGACAACCCUGACACCAACCACGCCGUGCCCCUCCCCGUCUCCUUCGAAUUCAUCCGAAAUGGCUCCUAAUAAACCUAAAGAGGGGAAAAAGGUGAAGAAGACCAUGAAACAGCCUGAUAACAAUAAUGGAGAGAGCAUGAGCUCUGACUCAGACACUGAGCAAGGUGGGAGGGGGUUAGAAGUCCCUUGUACCCCGAGCAUGACACCCAGUGGCAUCCAUUCCCCCGCCACCAUCCAGAAAUACAGAGACAUGAUUGCCACCACCAAAGGUACCAAAUUGGUGUCCCGGAAGACGAAGCAGGAAGGAACGCCCAACUCCGCACGGCGCAAAGCCAUGGUGAACCGAGAGAAGCGCUUCACCUUUGUGUUGGCUGUGGUAAUAGGCGUCUUUGUCAUCUGCUGGUUCCCUUUCUUCUUCUCGUACAGCCUCCAAGCUGUGUGCCCGGAGAUGUGCGCCCUGCCAGAACCACUCUUUAAGUUCUUCUUUUGGAUCGGCUACUGCAACAGCUGCCUCAACCCAGUCAUCUACACCAUCUUCAACAAAGACUUCCGCAGAGCCUUCAAAAAGAUUCUCUGCAAGAACAUCAAAGGCACAUUCUUCUGAAGCUUCUGAAGUGGAUCAUCUCCUCAGACAACAAACAUACGGUUAUUCAGAACACAGACUACAGAAAAAGACUAAACAAAGCACAAUAACGUUGCUGUUGUGAUGUAAAUGAAGGGCUUUUUGUGCUGCCCUGUGAACUGAGGACACUUUGCUACUCAAAUGACUCUUUUUUUUUUUUUGUCCAGGUUACCGCCUCAGGCAUUGGAUUCCUGGUAUUUGUGCUAUAAAAUGGGGCUAAUCCAAAAAUAUUCACAGACAAUGACAAACCAAAGCUAAAUAAAACAAAAGUAUUAAUGGGGACUAUUGCACACCUGCAAGGACAGGCCACAUGGAGGUCAAUAGGAAGGUCAUUGUAUUUUUUUCCCCUUUUAUCUCACCUUUCUAAGAACACCAGGCCUUGGGGAUACUGCAAACACGGAUUUCUCUAAGGAUUUCAGAGGUACACCAUUCAGAUUCUUUACAUACAGCUUUCCCAUGCUGAUUGGUCUACCAGUACCUACACAGCAUCAUUUCUGAGGAACAAAGACAUGACAUGCUCCUGUGGAAAUCCUUGCCAGGGGCAAUGUGUAGGAAAGAGGUGACGCAAGUUUCUCCGAUCAAACAUUAAGGCUUCUAGUUACAGACCCCCAGGGUAGGACCACUGGGAAGUUUCCUGGCAUUCUGUCAUGCAGAAAGGCUCUGUGAAUACAGAAUACCUGCCAUGGAUGGAAGCCUUUCUUUCUCUUUCCAUCUUGGACAGGUUGGCAGCAGGCUUUAAGAUAGCAAAAUGUUUAUUACAGGAACUUUAGAUAUGUAUUCAUUUUGAAAGUCAUUUUCAUUUUUAAUAUGACAAGACUCUUGGCAUCAUCAAAAAUUACUUAAGACUUUGGUAACUGAUUCAGAUGACAUAUACACCUCCUGAUUUCACUGGAGGUGCUCUUUCUGAUUUGGUUUAGCACUUUGCUUUGUAUAAAAGAACAAAUGAUCAUUUGUUGGUGUACACUGAUCUACUGCACCCUAAAUGUCUGAACAUUCAGCAGGGUGAUACUUUGGGACUAAGGGCUGAUAGCAGUGAUGCUUUCUAUUUCGUUGGUCAUUGUCUUUUUGCUAAUGAUUAUGUGUGUGUGUGUGUGUGUGUGUGUGUGUGUGUGUGUGUGUGUGUGUGCGCGCGCGAGCAAAUGUAGUGAAUGGUUAUGUGUCAUGUUUGACCGCCGUGUAUGUUUGGAAAUGUAUGCUGUGUGCGAAUGUUGUUGUGCAGAGUUUUCUUUGUGUAAUGGUGUGUGAGUUCACAUCCCUCCCCUGAUUCCACUGGCACCAGUUCAACUAUAUAUGUAUGUGCUUGAUAAACGUGGCUGGUUUGCCAGAUCUGCCAGUGCUUAUGAGUCAGCUACUUCCCGUGCCAAUGCUUUUACAUGUUUUGCUGCUAAACUCAUUUAAUAUCUUCUUAAACCAGAGUUUAUUUCAUAAGAAUCUUUUUAUUGCAGGUCAUUUUGAACUAAUAAUUUUGAGACAGAAAUGAGUUAGAGGAGAUGAAAGCUGUAAAUUAUUCUUAUGUGAAUGAUUUUGUAUUUAUUUAUCCUUCUAUUUCUUAUUGUUUCCCCCUAAUAUAUAAAUACAUAUAUUUUCCUUUUUUUUCCCAAGGGGAAAACAAACAUGAGAUCGUUUCAGCUGCAACACAAUUAAAAAGCCUUCUACUGUACUUUUUCGGUAUGACAUUUGUAUGUGUCAGGACAUUGCAUUCAGACUGCAUUCUCAUAAGCUUUGCAAUUGAUGGGAUCCUGGUAAACUGUAUACAUUUUGCCUUCUGGACUCCUCUUUCUUCAGUGUAAUGCUGUUGGUUUCCCACUGCUCUUGAAAAAAUAAAACCGCUGAGCUGUG